AUGGCUGCCUCGAGUCUGAUCCAGGACGAUGACGACGAUGGCAUCCACCCCCACGUGGAAGUCAGCGUCACAACCGUCAGCCCUUCCCCGCCCGCUCCGGACGACGUGGUCCCGGUCCGCCCCGUGACCCCGCCUCCAGCCGACACCCCCAAGCGUGGCAAAAUGGGCAGCCUCCUUCAGCAGAACCAGCUGAUCCAGACCCUGAGCAGCGGCCUGAAGCGUCACUGCGACUACGUGAAGAUCUCUGUGCCCGAGGAACGCGGCGACCGUCUCCCCAAGGAGUGGUGGAAAACGGGCGUUGCUUUCCUCUACGCCGUCUUCAACCUGGUCUUCACCACGGUGGUCAUCACCAUCGUGCAUGAGAGGGUGCCCGACAAGUCGGUGAGCCCGCCGCUGCCCGAUAAGUUCUUCGACUACGUGGGCCGGGUUCCUUGGGCCUUCACCGUCACCGAGGUCAACGGGCUGAUCCUGUCGGGACUCUGGCUGGUUCAGUGGCUGCUCCUCAAGCACAAAGCCAUUGUGGGGCGCCGCUGCUUCUUCCUCAUCGGAACGCUCUACAUGUACCGCUGCAUUACCAUGUACAUCACCACCUUACCUGUUCCUGGUAGACACAUGGUUUGCGCGCCCAAGCUGUACGACGACUCGGCGGGAAAGAUCAGGAGGAUCGUUCGGCUAAUCUCUGGAGGAGGUUUGUCUCUGACCGGCUCCCACAUGAUGUGCGGCGACUUCCUGUACAGCGGCCACACGGUUAUGCUAACCCUGUCCUACCUCUUCAUCAAAGAGUAUUCUCCUCGCUGGAUGUGCUGGUACCAGUGGAUCUGCUGGCUACUCAGCGCCUCGGGGGUGAUCUGCAUCCUGGUGGCGCACGAGCACUACAGCAUUGAUGUCCUAGUAGGGUACUUUGUAACCACAAGGCUCUUCUGGUGGUACCACACCAUGGCCAACACGCACGCUCUUCGUCGGGUGCCCAACAACUUCUUAUCUCGAACCUGGUGGAACCCCGUCUUCAACUUCCUUGAGAGGAACGUCCAGACCAACGUCCCCGUCGUCUUCUCGUGGCCGCUGCCGCUACCGUCAUCGUGCCGGCAACGGUACCGGAUCGUGGAGGGAGGAAGGGACGACUGA